AUGGAGAUCACGUACAGCUACACGAAGCGGCGCUGUGACUUCGGCCGGCAGCCGCUGUUCUGCGAGCAAGGCCCCGAGAUGUGCGACACGAUCGCCACAAACCCGGCAGAGCACAAGCACUACAUACUUAGGAACCCCGUGCACCAACCCACGCAGAAUACGCCUCGCUUCUCCGAGAACUACGUCAACACCAUCAGAGCCGAGUACACGACCACCGGAGCGAACCACGCCGAAGGCGGUUGGCCCAAGGACGUCAACGUCGUCGACCCCGAGGCGACGCAACGAUAUCGUAGGAAGAUCGAAAAAGACGACAACUAUAUACAUUGCGUCAUGUCGCUAGCUUCGGGAAUGGACCAUUAUGUCCUGCAAAACAACGCUAUUGACAUGUACCGAACGUACUACGCGGAGAUGGCGGCUCUACCGGCCGUGGAGCGCAACGGCUGCCGAACCGUGAACGUGUACCGUGACCCCGACGGACCGCGCCCCAUCAGUUCGGUGAGCUGGCAGCCGGAGGGCGGGCGCCGCUUUGCCGUCGCGUACUUGGCGGUCGACUUCAAUCGCUACCCGCGCGCCUCCACCGCCUCGUUCGUCUGGGACAUCGAAAACGCAAACAACCCAGAGGUCACUCUGACUCCUACCUGCCCGCUCCUCGACCUGCAGUUCAGCCCUCGCGAUCGCGACACGCUGGCCGGUGGGCUGAUGAACGGGCAAGUGGGCGUGUGGGACCGGCGGAUCGGCGGAGACGCCGCCGUAAUGUGCGCCCCGCACGUGGCGCAUCGUGACCUCGUGCGAAACGUCCUAUUCAUAAACUCGAAGUCGGGCCAAGAGUUCUUCUCGAGCGGCCCGGACGGGGCUUGCAAGUGGUGGGAUAUUCGCAACAUGAACGAGCCGACAGACGAGAUGAUUCUGGACGUGGUGAAGUCCUCCUUCGACGUGCAGUCGAUGGCGACCGCAAACGGAGUCAGCUCGCUCGAAUACGAACCGACGAUACCGACGCGUUUCAUGGCGGGCACCGAAAACGGUCUGGUCAUCAGCGGCAACCGAAAGGGCAAGACACCCAUGGAGAAAUUGCCCGCGAAGUUCGAGGCGCACCUCGGGCCCGUUUGGUCGCUGGAGCGUAAUCCCGGCUUUCUCAAGAACUUCUUGACAGUGGGUGACUGGACCGUGCGCGUGUGGAGCGAAGAUUGCCGAGAGUCAGCCGUGGUGUGGUCCCCGCCGCAUCGAUACAAGAUCAGCGCCGCCACCUGGAGUCCGACGCGAUUGUCGUUGAUGCUGGUCACUCAGUGGAACGGACUUCUCGCUACGUGGGACCUGCUGCGGCGACAACACGAGCCCGUGCUAACGAUGCAGGUCUGCGAGGAGCCGUUGCUCCGGGUGCGGAUGCACGAAGGGGGUGCCUUCGCGGCGUGCGGCAGUCGCAAGGGAAACGUGUACAUGGUGGAGUACUCGCAGAACAUGACCCAGUCGGAUAAGAACGACAAGCUGUUGCUGACGGCCAUCUUCGAGCGGGAGAGCAAACGCGAACGCAUUCUCGAGGCGCGCAUGCGUGAAAUUCGGCUGAAGCUGCGACAGGCAGAGGAGGGCAGCCCAGCCGCCUCCGUCACCGAGUUCGACUCCUCCGCGGGGGACAAGGACCUGGCCGAAGCCACUGCGGAAUACGUGCAGGCCGUCAAGAAAGAGCUGGCCGCCUUGUAG